AUGGAUAGAGAGUCGGUCUACACUCUGAGUGUCUUCCCCGAAGACCGCAGUCAAACCGGGGAAGACUCUCGCGGCGCCAUCCAAGAUCAAUUCGUCGACUUUAUCAUGAAAUACCAGAUAAAUAAUGGCGCCAUUUGGCCAUACAGAGACCAGAUCAAAGAGAACUACCAAGCUAAGCAAUACUACUGCGACGUAGACAUAGAGCAUGUCGCCUCGGUCAACCCAACACUUGCCCAACGCCUCAACAAUGAGCCUGCCGAAAUGAUUCCGCUGUUCGAAGCCGCCAUCAAGCACUGCGCCCAACGCAUCAUCUAUCCCUCGCAGCGCAACGUCAAUCUGCCACCCGCCCAGCUCUUGCUCAACUCGUCCGUCACCCAGACUCUCAUUCGUGGUCUGACAGCCACGCACGUCUCUCAUCUGGUCCGCAUCCCUGGAAUUGUCAUUGGAGCCAGCACCCUUUCUUCAAAAGCCACCGUCUUGCACAUCCAAUGCCGUAACUGUCAGCACUCUCAGAACAUCUCCGUCUUAGGUGGCUUCUCCGGUCUUACCUUGCCCCGCACAUGUGCUCGUUCGACUCAACCCGGUGAAGAGUCAGCAAAAUGUCCCCUGGAUCCAUACUUUGUCGUUCACGAAAAGUGUCAGUUCAUCGAUCAGCAGGUCAUCAAGCUGCAAGAAGCUCCCGAUGAUGUCCCUGUUGGUGAACUACCUCGUCACAUCCACAUCUCAGCAGACCGCUACCUGACAAAUCGUGUUGUCCCCGGUUCGCGAUGCACCGUCAUGGGCGUUUUCAGCACAUACCAGUCAAAGUCCAAAGGCUCUGGAGCUGCCGUCGCCAUCCGUACCCCGUAUCUUCGCGCAGUCGGCAUUCAGACCGAUGUCGAUCACACAGCCAAAGGUGGCGCCCACUUCACUGAAGAGGAGGAACAAGAAUUCCUCGAGAUGAGCAGGAGGCCCGACCUAUACGAACGAUUUGCUGAAUGUAUUGCGCCAUCAAUUUACGGAAACAUGGACAUCAAGAAGGCCAUCACCUGCUUGCUCAUGGGUGGUAGCAAGAAAAUUCUACCUGAUGGUAUGAAGCUCCGUGGAGAUAUCAACGUCUUGCUUCUUGGUGACCCUGGUACCGCCAAAUCUCAACUUCUCAAGUUCGUCGAGAAAGCUGCUCCCAUUGCCAUCUACACUUCCGGUAAAGGUUCCUCUGCAGCUGGUUUGACGGCCUCGGUGCAGCGCGAUCAAAAUUCUCGCGAGUUCUAUUUGGAAGGUGGCGCCAUGGUGUUGGCAGAUGGUGGUGUCGUUUGUAUCGAUGAGUUCGACAAGAUGCGAGAUGAGGAUCGUGUUGCCAUCCACGAAGCUAUGGAACAACAAACCAUCUCGAUAGCCAAGGCUGGUAUCACAACAAUUCUCAACGCUCGCACCUCUGUCCUCGCAGCUGCCAACCCUAUUUUCGGGCGCUACGACGAUCUCAAAUCUCCCGGCGAAAACAUCGAUUUCCAGACCACCAUUCUCAGCAGAUUCGAUCUCAUCUUCAUCGUCAAGGAUGAGCACGACCGUGGACGUGAUGAGCGUAUUGCAAAGCACGUCAUGGGCAUUCACAUGGGUGGCAGUGGCAACCAAGAACAACAACAAGCCGCUCCAACCAUCCCAGUCGAGAAGAUGAAGCGCUACAUCAGCUACUGCAAGACUCGUUGCGCGCCCCGUCUCUCAGCUGAAGCCGCCGAGAAGUUGUCCUCGCACUUUGUCAGUAUCAGAAGACAAGUCGCCCAGGCCGAAGCAUCCGCCAACCAGCGUUCGAGUAUCCCCAUCACUGUCAGACAACUGGAGUCGCUCGUUCGUAUCACCGAAUCAUUGGCCAAGAUCUCUUUGUCCCCAAUCGCCACAGAACACCACGUCGACGAAGCAAUCCGUCUGUUCUUGGGCAGUACCAUGGAAGCCGUCCUCUCCCAAAACGGUGAAUCAAAUGCUGCCAAUGCUGCUGGUAUCUCCGGUAAUCGUGAGCUCGUCGACGAAAUCUCAAAGGUUGAAGACGAGUUGCGAAGGCGUUUGCCUAUUGGCUACACAGCCAGCUUAGCCACUUUGAGGCGUGAGUUUGUGGACAGGAAAAACUUUUCAGAACAAGCCCUCAACAGAGCCAUCUGGGCACUGCAAAAGAGAGACAGUAUACAACUUCGCAAGGGUGGUGGUCAAGUGUAUAGAAGUGGUGUUUAA